AUGAGCAGCUCUCCCCCGCCCGCGGGCGGCAAGCCCGACGACAAGCUGGAGUUGGUGACGGUCGAAGAGCAGGAGGAGUUUCUGCAGGUGCUCAAGCAGCUCAACUUGGCCACGGCGCAGCAGGCGCCUGACCGCAACGCCUUGGCGGCGCAGAAGGAUUUCAAAUUCUGGAAGACUCAACCUGUGCCGGCCUUGGAUGAAUUCCCGCGCGAACACGGGGCUAUCGACCCUCCAAAGACUGUGAAAGACGUGCGUCAGGAGCCGUACAACAUGCCACCAGGCUUCGAGUGGAGCGAAAUCGACCUGACCAAGCAGAACGAGGCCCAGGAGGUCUACGAUCUGCUCACGCACAACUACGUCGAGGACGAUGACAAUAUGUUCCGCUUUGACUACUCCAUUGACUUCCUCAUGUGGGCUCUCACCCCUCCGGGCUUCCAUAAGGACUGGCACGUGGGUGUACGCAACCAAAAGACCAACAAACUCAUGGCCUUUAUCAGUGGCAUUCCCGUCAAGACGCGUGUGUAUAAGGAGACGAUGGCCAUGGCCGAGAUCAAUUUCCUGUGUGUACACAAGAAAUUGCGCACCAAGAGACUCGCACCUGUGCUCAUCAAGGAGAUCACGCGUCGUGUCAACCUCCGAGACAUUUGGCAGGCUGUGUAUACGGCUGGAGUGGUGCUGCCCAUGCCUGUGGCCCAGUGCCGCUACUUCCACCGCUCGCUGAACCCCAAGAAACUCAUUGAAGUGGGUUUCUCCAGACUGGCGCCCAGGAUGACCAUGACGCGUACUAUCAAGAUGUUCAAGCUGCCAGAGACCACGUCCGUGCCAGGUUUCCGAUCCAUGCAGAAGAAGGAUGUGGCUCAGGUUACGGCGCUGCUCAAGACGUACCUGGCUAAGUUCGAUCUUGUCCAGCAGCGUGAUCAACGCGUACGUGGUGGAGAACCCGGAGACCCACAAGAUCACGGACUUUACGAGCUUCUACCACCUGCCGUCGACUGUCAUUGGCCACGACAAGCACAACAAGCUCAACGCUGCGUAUUCGUUCUACAAUGUGGCCACGUCCGUGCCGCUCACGGAUCUUAUGAACGACACGCUGAUCAUGGCCAAGAAGGAGGACUUUGA